CUCUCCAUCUGGGGCGCGAGGAGGGAUUACGCGCUUAUUAUCUUCUUAGCUCUAAAUGGCCCCGCGUUCCUGACUUCGUCGUCCCCUCUGUCGUCAAACAAACUCAGCUUAUAAAGCGGGAGGGACAAAAGAAAUGGCAUUAAAACGCCAUACGAUAUUCUUUGUGGAAAUAACUACCUAUCGCUCUUUCGAAGUACUAUUUCGCGCGUAAAAUCGUGACACCACUGGGUCGGCACAGCAUCGCCACGAGCCCUGUUCCGCGCGCAGGGUCGUUAGGAUAGGCCUAUAAGUGAUCUUUUGCAGACUUUAAUCUUAUCAGUGUCAAACCGUAGUUGCCUUCUUCACCCGGCCAGCCGAAGAUUUUUCAGGGUCGUUUCGCCUUUCUUCGGUUUAAGUUUAAGCUUUUUUCUUCACCACCCAUCGCUGGUGUUUGUGAAAACUUUAAUCGGUUCAGCAACAGCCAGGCGACACUUUUAUAGGUGUGUUUUCGAUAUCGAUUAAUAUGACGGUUUGACCGGUUUACUCUUGUGACUAAAAUAAGAUGGAGUCUACACACCCAGAGAGGCGUCUGCUCCUCUUGUUUUUCCUGGUCGCGUUCAUCAGCCACGUUUGUUUUUGCACCAGGAAAACAACCGUUCGUAGAUCAGAUCGUCUGAGUCCUCCUCUGGACAUCCAGCUGGAGACGGUGAACUGCACCGCGGUCAACAUUCGCUGGAAGAUGCCCCGACGGCAUGUCAGCACCAUCACUGGAUACAAGGUCUUCUAUAAAGAGAUGAGGAACAGCCGCCCAGGUGGUACAGCCUCCAUAUUGGAGGUUCCUCUGAGUCUGGACAUGCUAACCACUGGGCAGUUUGACGGACAAGCAAGUUUCGAUGUAGACAUUGGAAGCCUGAAGGUGAACACUCAGUACAGAGUGAGUGUGGGGGCAUAUGGUUGGGCAGGAGAGGGAAGGCCAAGCAUGCCUCGAGAUGUUGGCACUUCUGCACAAGAAAUGUGCAUGCCCCCAUCGCCACCCACCCAGCCAAUGGUCGCGGCAGUGUCUGAAACAGAGCUUGCGUUGUCAUGGAAAGAAGGAGAAAGUGAGGGAAGCGCACCUGUCCUCCACUACCUUGUUGCUUACAUCAGACCAGAGAUGGACACUGAGUGGACGUCCAUCCGGGAGCCCAUCGAGGCCACCUCCAUGGUCCUGAAGGGUCUCAUGCCCGACACCGAGUACCAGUUUGUGGUGAGGGCCGUCAACGUGCACGGGGUCAGUCCGCCCAGCCAAAUCAACACGCCCGUGCGCACCCUCGCAGCUCCCUCAGACGUCGGCAGCGGAGACCACGGACAGCGCUACAACACAGACUCCACGGCCAAGGAUGACGAUAGCUAUGACGUCGAUGAUUCCGACUAUGAUAUUUUCAUUGAAGAGUUGUACCCAGGCGCCGGGGAAGACAACCGCAAAUCCCAGCUCCGCUCUCGUCCUGAAACGCCGUCCGGGGGAAAUGUCGUCUACCGCAUGAACACCGCCACCCCUCCUAAGGUCACGACCCCGGACGCCUCCGCCCUCCCUGACCUCCUCUUUCGCCCGGUCUUCUCAACCCCACCCCAACUGAAGCCUGUCCCUGUUCCCAAGACAACAGCCACCCCCACCACAACUCCGGCCACUACUACUACUGCUACUACUACCAGCACCACCCUGGCCCCCACCACCACCGCGGCCCCCACCAUGAGUCCGUGGAUGGGGGAUGUCCCUCGCGUGUACGAGCUGACGUGUGAUGACACCGUCUGCCCCCCGGACAGCUUCUGCCUGGGAGACCUUGACAGCGGGGGGUCGCGCUGCCACUGUAACCUGGGGCGACGCGGAGACACCUGCUCCGAGGUGGUUCCAAUAAACUUCCCCAGGUUCUAUGGCUACUCACACAUGACCUUUGAACCUCUGAAAAACUCCUACCAAACCUUUCACAUCACCAUAGAGUUUAAGGCAGACUCAGAGGAUGGCCUACUGCUCUACUGUGGGGAGAAUGAUGGCGGACGGGGGGACUUCACCUCUCUGGCGCUGGUGCGGGGAAGGCUACACUACAGGUUUAACUGUGGCACCGGGGCAGCCCAGCUACUCAGUGAGAGCAGCAUUGUACUGGGCCAGUGGCACGCGGUCACCAUCUUCAGGGACGGGAUGAGCGGCUGGCUCCGUCUGGACAACAACACCCCCGUGUCGGGUCGCUCGCAGGGCCUGUACACGAAGAUCACUUUUCGUUCUCCACUGUACGUGGGCGGUUCCCCAAGUGCCUAUUGGCUGCUCAGAGCGACAGGGACCAACCGCGGCUUUGCAGGGUGUGUUCAGAGCCUUUCCUUCAAUAACAAGCCAAUGGACAUACGACCGUGGCCAUUGGGCAAAGCCCUAAGUGGGGCUGAUAUCGGUGAGUGCAGUGACAGUGUGUGUGAUCUGGUCUCCUGUUUCAACGGAGGGAGCUGCUUCGCCAACCGUGCCGAUGGCUACAUCUGUUUGUGUCAGCUGGGCUUCAGAGGAACUCUCUGUGAAGACACUUUCUCGUUGCUGCUGCCCCUCUUCAACGAGACGCUGCGGUCGUACGCGUCCGUCGCCUGGCCUCAGGCCUUCCAGAGCUACCUGUCCUUCACCGAGUUCGAGAUGACCUUUCGACCCUCGCUGGCCGACGGGACGCUGCUGUACAGCGACGACGCGCGGAGCGGCGACUUCAUCGCCAUCAACCUGGUGGACAGUUACGUGGACUUCAGGUUCGACUGCGGCUCCGGCAGCGCCACCAUCAGGAGCCUCGAGCCUGUUACCAUGGAUACGUGGCAUGAGUUGAAAGUGUCUCGGACGGCCAAGAGCGGCAUUCUACUAGUGGACAACCAGAAGCCAACAGAGGGAAUCGCUGAGGGAGCCUUUACUCAGAUCAAAUGCAGCUCUCCUUUGUAUGUUGGGGGAGUACCAGUCUACGAUCAAACCAAACCCAGCGCAGGUGUGAUAAGACCCUUCACUGGCACCAUCCAGAAGCUGGUGCUUAACGACCGUGCCAUCUCAAUCACAUCUGGUUCAGCUGGAGGGGUAAACUUGGCUAACGCAGUUCAUCCAUGUGUGGACAGCCCCUGUGCCAACGACGGGACGUGCAGGCCAAAGUGGGACGGCUACGAGUGUGACUGCCCCCUAGGGUAUGAUGGCAGACACUGCCAAAAAGAAUGCGGAAAUUACUGUCUUAAUACUGUGACCGAAGCCAUCGAGAUUCCACAGUUCAUUGGACGAAGCUACCUGACGUAUGAGAACAGUGACAUCCUGAAAAGGGUGACGGGGGCUAGAACCAGCCUGUUCAUGCGCUUCAGGAGCACCGCCAAGGGGGGCCUGUUGCUAUGGCGAGGCGACAGUCCUAUGAGGCCCAACAGCGACUUCCUGUCUAUGGGGCUUCAGGAUGGAGCACUUAUCUUUAGUUACAACCUUGGCAGUGGGUCCGUUAAUGUGGUCGUGAACGGUUCCUUCGGUGACGGACGGUGGCACAGAGUGAAAGCAGUCCGGGAUGGCCAAUCAGGGAAGCUGACAGUGGAUGACUAUGGCGCCAAGACUGGUCGCUCACCUGGCAAGAUGAGGCAGCUCAACAUCAACGGCCCUUUAUACGUCGGUGGCAUGAAGGAGGUAGCCCUGCACACAAACAGGCAACAUGUAGGAGGUCUGGUCGGCUGCAUAUCCCACCUCACACUGUCCACCGACUUCCACCUUGGCCUGGUGGAGGAUGCCGUCGAUGGCAAGAACAUUAACACCUGCUCUAACUGACCAACUAUCGACCACAGGCAGUGGCUAUUUUGGAGAGGUCCUUUUUCCCACACUGACAAACAAACUCUUCAGCAACUAGGAAACUCUUUCCGUCAAGACUGAAGUUUGUUAAUGUACAGUAUACCGUACCAGAAAAUGAAUGAGGUGAAAAUGAAAUUUGAGCCAGCAAAAUGCUUACACAAUUCUAUGAUUGGAAAUUGUGAACUUUUUGUAUUGAAUGCUAUCACUAUUUGAAGACAUUUGACGACCUUGUGAAACUCAAAUGGAAAACACAACAACAAACCAGAGAAGCAGCACCAUAACAAAACCAAAGAAAACCAAAUAUACGUCAGAAACCAAUAAAUUGUUCUGUGUCCUGAAUGAGAAAAUGAGUUACUAGAAAUGCAGCCUUUGAAAACCUUUUGAGGGACAAUUUCAUUGAAUUGAUUUGAGAAAGACCAUAAAGAAAUAGUACUUAGCAGAAAUAGCAGAAAGUUAUAGUCGGUCUGUGUAUUUUGAGCUCGGAAAUCCUAGCUAUUUUAUUGUUAUUUAUGUGAAGGUUCACUUCUUAUACUGUAUGUCGUGGUCUUUGUGUAUUUCAUUUCAAUUUACAUCUACAUUUUGUAAAAAAAAGAAAAAAGCUUUGUAACGUAUGCCAGGAAGGUAAAGAUUUCUCUUUCUGCGAGUGUUAAUAACCAGGACCAAAUUAUUAUCAUUGACAGACCAUGCGAGUCAAUGUGGGUAAUUUCCCUCCUAAGUAAACCUCUCCUUUUUAAAAAUGUUCUAAUUUGUAAACCUCUAUUUGUGAACCUAUUUUUCAAAUUGUGUGUUUCAUGAGGAAAUUCAAGAUUCCUAAUGUAUAGGUCCUGCCCAUUUAAGACAAAUAAUCCCAUCCCAAAUCCAGAUCUCACAAAUUCAGAUUGUUUCUCUGCCAUAGUUGGAAAUCAAUUGCGGCCCAGCAAAGACUAGGAUUAUAUUUAUUGUGAAACUCAAUGGUGAAUAUCAGGAUGGUCUCACGAGACUAGACAAAUAUGGCAGGUAGCACAAAUGACAGAAACGUGAGUGCGAGUCUCUCGCAAAUUAAAAUGUACACAAUGCACUGAAUGUUGUGGUUCCAGUAAUGUGGUAGUUUGUUUGACUAUCAGUGAUUCCUAUAACUUCCUUUUGGACGCCCAACUGUACAUUUUGUUUAUUAAUGAGUUAAAAAGAAAAGAGCCUAGCAGUUAUUUGAAAUAAAAUAAUUUCUGUUAUUCUUCUAAACCGAAAUUAUGACAAAUUGUAAUUUUUAUCUUAACAACUUCUUUUUCAAAUUUAUCAGAAUACUAAUAAAAAAACAUGAAUGGGACUACGCAAAUCACGGAAAGAAAUCACCGAGAAUAAAGAUAGAUGCCGGAGGGUUGAAUAGUAUUUAUGGUAAAUGUAUGACUGAUAGGCCUGUUUAUGAAUGAAUGAGCACCAUAAACGCUAAUAUUUUGUCAUCACUGUCAAGGUCACAACACAAAUAUGUCACAUCUUCCAGCCUGAUGUAAACUAGUGUAGUAAUCAUGACCAUAUAAUAUGGGUCAUUUCAAUCUGCCUUUACCAAUAAAUAUUCAGCUGAAGCAAUCUCCAAAGAUUGUUGUGAUGUCCACGUCACACAAGACAGUGCUGAGUUGUUCUUGUA